AUGGACCCAACACCCGCCUCCCUCUUCGACGCCUACGAACAAGAUUUCGUGCACCUCCUGCAGGGGAUUAGAGAGAAAUUGGAGGGUGAUGCUAGGAGUGGGCAUGGAGAACAGCGCAAGGCGGCGCUAAGGAAGGUCGAGAUCGAGCUGGACGAGGCGGAUGAUAUCGUCUCCCAACUAGAAAUCGAACUAAACGGAAUCCCCCAAUCCCUCAAACCUCCCUACCUAACCCGCCUCAAACAAGCCAAAUCCGAUUUGAACAAGUACAAGAAGAUGUCGCGGGAGUUGCAUAGUGUGGUUGCGAGGGGUGAUUUGUUGGGUGGUGCUCGGGGUGGUGGUGCCUACUCUAGGGGGUCGCCUUCGGGAGCUCGUUCUCCACAUUCAGAUAAUCCCUACACAGACAACCCAUACACAGAAGACGCCCGCCUCCAAUCCGAACGCGCCCGCCUCCUCCACGGUUCCCACUCCCUCUCCGACGGCUCCAGAAGACUGCAAGACUCGACCAGCCUGGCGCUGCAGACGGAGGCGUAUGGGGCGGAGAUUUUGGGCACGUUGAGGGGGCAGAGGGAGCAGAUUGAGGGGGCUAGGGAUAUGCUCGACACGGCGGAUCGCAACAUUGACAGGUCGUCGAAUACGAUUGGGAAGAUGAUCAUCCAGAUGAAGAAACAACGGUUCAUCAUAGCCGGGAUCAUCGCGUUCUUUGUGGCGCUUAUUAUUUUGAUUUUGUAUUUCAAGCUUGUGCGGUGA